AAAACACAGCGCUCGCUCGUUCAAUACACACCUUACACGUGUAAUUUUCGGUAUACACAAAUCAAGUUAUACUUAUACUAUAGCGCAGUCUAUGAAAGAAGCUCCGACUGGGUCCUUAAAAUAAAGAUUUCAUCUUAAUUUGUAUUCUGAUGACUGUUACUGUACGACCGUGCUUUACAGCCUUAUGGCAUUGUUACACAACAUUUGGAUCAUAGAUAAGACCUUCCACCAUCGAGAAACAUGAGACACGAUAUCAUCAUGAAUGAGUUUGGAAUGAUCAUCUUCAUCCUUCUCGUAAUCUUGUACAUGUCAUUUUGUUUGGUGGAUGCAAAACAAAAUGGAAAUCAAAAGGCGGAUACGGGAGGACCACUUACCAUUCCCUACACAGGUCAUGAUGGCUUGCUUCUUGUGUCAACACUAGAUGGCAGCAUGCAUGCUUUAAAUCAGCGCACAGGUCGUACAAUUUGGACUUUGAAAGAAGACCCAGUAGUGAAGAUGGCAGUUGAUAACCCAGAGGGAUUUACAUUCCUACCAGAUCCAACGGAUGGAACCCUUUACGUGUUAGGUCCAGGUGGUGAUGGGUUGAAAAAACUACCAUUAACCAUCCCAUCGAUAGUCUCAUCAUCUCCUUUCAGAGGUCCAGAUAACAUGCUUUAUACAGGUAGGAAAGCAGACACAUGGAUAGCGGUAGACGUCAACUCUGGUCAGAAGAAGCAGACAUUGACCACUGAAUCCAGCCAAUCGUCCUGUCCACUGACCAGUAGCUCAACACUCUUCCUUGGACGUACAGAAUUCACUGUCACUAUGUUUGACAGCACAAACAGCAACAAAAUCUGGAAUGUGACGUUUGCUGACUACUCCUCUCAUGUCUCCCCUGAUCAGAGUAAUUAUGAUCUGCGUCACUUCUCGUCUAUCGCUGAUGGUCAGAUGGUCACCCUGGACAAGAAGACGGGUGAAAUGCUUUGGGUCACCAGUCAUAGCUCACCGGUGGUAGCCAUGUACCGCCUGCUGGGGGAAGGGCUUCACAAGGUUGCCCAUACAGCGGUGUCCCCGAACACCCUUGGGCACCUCCUAGACGGUGGAGAGUACCCUACAUGGAGGAACCAACUCCUAGGCUACACCAAGCAUACUAAACUAGUGCCUACUUUGUACAUUGGAGAAUAUCCCUUGGGAUUGUUAGCUCUACCAGCUCUUGUUGAGGAAGAGACUGUUCCUAUCAUUUCCAGAGGUUGGAGUCCACCCCUACUUGAAGGUCCAGGGUUCGAUGGUAGUACAACCCCGAGUGAUGAUCGCCGUCCCAUCAACCCACUGUCUGACCACAAUAAACCCCAAGGCCUCAUUUUACUUGGCUACCAUGAGAUGCCUGCCAACUCUAUCAUGAUACGCCCUACCGCCCCCGUCAGCAUCAAAGACCUCUCUUCCAUGAUAGAGGCCACGCCCAUUCCUCAUCUUCACAGGUCCGAAGAACCACACCCCUCCCCAGACAAAGAACCGUCUAAACCAAGUCCUGGUCCUAGCUCUGAACAGUCGACCUUGUGGUGGAUUCAUAGGAGUGAGGCAGUCUUUAUGGGGGGCAUCUUUACCCUCCUUGCUGGCUUGGCCCUGAUCUUGUAUUUUUUGCCAAAGCCACUUGUGGUGGUUUCACAAAACCCCAGCUCGACAACCCCAUCACAGUCGAGCCAGCACAGUGGUACAGGGAGCAUUGGGGGUAAGAAGGACUUCUCUUCAACGCCACAUGGUAGUGAUCAUGUUCCUGAAGGCUUUGUCAAAGUCGGGAAGAUCUUGUUCAACCCGAAGCAGGUUCUAGGGCAGGGCUGUGAGGGAACUUUUGUUUUUAAAGGGCGGUUUGAUAAUAGAGAUGUUGCAGUGAAGCGAAUUCUCCCAGACUGCUUCAGCUUUGCAGAUAGAGAGGUAGACUUGUUGAGAGAAUCGGAUGAACAUCCAAAUGUUAUCAGAUAUUUCUGCACGGAAGCAGACCUUCAGUUCCGUUUCAUCGCUCUUGAGCUUUGUACAGCCACACUCCAGGAGUUUGUCCAUGAUAGAGGGCGCUUUCACAUGCUGAAACCUCUCGAUGUUCUCUACCAGUCUACAUUUGGCUUGGCACACCUUCACUCUUUAAAUAUCGUCCAUCGAGACAUCAAACCUCACAAUGUUCUGAUAUCCCAACCCAACCAGCAUGGGAAGGUCAAGGCCAUGAUAUCAGACUUUGGACUUUGUAAGAAGCUAGCCGCUGGCAGGAUGUCCUUCUCGAGGAGGUCAGGGGUAGCUGGAACAGACGGAUGGAUCGCACCGGAGAUGCUGAAUGGAAAAGAUAGAACAACUACGGCUAUAGAUAUCUUCUCCCUGGGUUGUGUGUUCUAUUACGUUCUAUCAAGCGGUAAGCAUCCGUUUGGUGACUCGUUGCAUCGUCAGGCAAACAUCAUAUCAGGAGAGUACAGCCUGGAUCUGUUACCACCGGAUGAUGAAGUUAGCCAUCAGCUCAUCACGAAGAUGAUAGAUCCUUGUUUUGACAAGCGGCCAGAGGCAAAUGCAAUCCUCAUCCAUCCUUUCUUCUGGUCGCCUGAAAAACAGCUUGCAUUCUUUCAGGAUGUUAGCGACAGGAUAGAAAAAGAGCCAGUAGACUGCCCUCUACUGGUGGCUUUGGAGACAGGGUCGAAAAAAGUUGUUAGAGAUGACUGGAGACAAAAUAUUACUUCAGAAUUACAAUCAGAUUUAAGAAAAUUUAGGUCGUAUAGAGGGCAUUCUGUUCGAGAUCUAUUAAGAGCAAUGAGGAAUAAAAAACACCAUUUUAGGGAACUUCCAGAUGAAGUUAAGGCAUCGUUGGGUAAGGUGCCGGACCAGUUUGUCAAGUAUUUUACCUCGCGCUUCCCACUUCUCCUCCUACACGUCUACGGGGCACUGGCGCUGUGCAGGGAGGAGCCGAUCUUGUCCAAGUACUAUUAUAACGGCUCGAAGAAAGACCCACUCACGGCAGAGUCAAUGUCAAAAGGGGAUUAAUGAAGAGGAAUUCCCAGUAUUUAUGUCAUCAAGGGAGAUUGCAUAGCCUAAGGACACUAUUUGCACAUGAAUAUACGCUGCACUUUGGAAGUUUAAAUGGCCCUUGGCUGAUAUCUGAUUUGUCAGUCAUGUGUUGAUAUUCACCUUGUAUCUCUGUAUUAACCAGAGGCACUUGAAGAUCAAGUUACAUUUAUUUGCUCAGUGGCAGAUCUAAGGAGCUUGUUUGUCCAAAAAGGGAAAAGCAUGCCCCCCUGUUAAUCAUGGAUCUGCCACUUAUGCUGUUAUUACAUGAUGAUGUUCAUUUAGUUAUCUCAUUCCCUCUAAGUUCCAUGAGCUAAUUGCUCUUCAGGACUAGUACUCAGUCACAUUAAAAUCAUUAUUAUUCUUUCUACAAAUGCUGAAAUUGAGAUAUGCUUAGACAAUCUUUUCACAGCUAUAAUAUAAAUUGUCAUGGAUCAUAUAUAUACUAAUGUAUGUAUGUUAUAUGUUUUUGUGAUGUUUAAUGUGGUACUGCAAUGUUGUUUUUGUAAAAUUUCAAAAUUUAUUUUCUGCUUGCUUUGUUGUCCAAUAACGUUCAGUUGAUGAUAUGGAUUAAUGGCCAAGGGUCCAUACUUUUCAAAAUGAAGUGUAUUCUAAAAGUGAGUGCCUUAGAAGAUAUUUCCCUCUUCCUCCGUGAUAUAGGUGCCUUGUUUUUUUAUCCAUGCCUUUCUAAAUUAUUUUAUUUAUUGCUGAUUAUCUAAUAUAUACUCGCUUGGGGCAUAGUGACUUGUCUAUUGUCUUGCCAGACAUUACCUUUUCGGAAUAUAAAGGACAUAAGCUCAUUCAUUAUGUGUUUUAUACAUAUGUAAAGGGGAAAUCAAGCCUGAUAACAUGUUGGUGUUAAUAUUAACUACAGAAAAAUUAGAUAAACAUAAUGAAAGUUUAAAAAAAAAACCAUUGUAGAAUAACAAUCGUGAAUUUCAAACUUGUCUUUUUCUCAUGUCAUUUUGCACCUCCCCUGUAUCUCAUGUAAUAUUCAGUGAAAUGCUUUUUUUUUGCUGGUUUGUUGUCACCGCAAAUGUGUCUAAUUAUAUCUUAAACACACAUGUUGAAUACUUACUUUUUUUUUGAAAAUGUUACAUUAUGGUAUGAGACAUAUGUGUCAGCCGCUGGCAUGUCACAUUUCAAAAUGGAACCAUUCAACAUUCAGGACUCCCUGAUUCUUUGUUAAUAAUUUUCACCCAAAAUUAUUGAAUAUGUUUCCCUUGUAAUUCUGCUUUUAUUAAAAGCAACUUGAUGUUUGGAAAUUCUUCCCCUGUAACUCCAUUUUAGCUCUUAACAGACAAUAUCUUGUUAUGUCAAAGGUUAACAGUCCCAUAGCUAUGUAAAAAGGUGUACAAAUUUUAGAAUAUAUUAGUGAUGGUUAACAGUGCAUAUCUCUUAUUUGACAUAUUCAGAUCCGACAUUAUAGAGAACAGCAAAUCGUAAAUAUACAUGACAGAAGAAAAUUAUUGACAUGUUGACACGUAAUCAACAUUCCAAGCUGGUUAACUUCUACCUUGCAUGCCGCCAGAGCAUUUUUUUUAGUAAACUUGUGUUCCGUGGACAAACAUUGGAACAAUUAUUUUGCUAUAUUACUUACUUUAAAAAAAAAAUCAACAAAAAGGCUUCUGUAAAAGAAAGAUUUUUUCCCUGUGCCCUUACUAUCACAAUUUUAUUCACAUGGGGGCAUAUUUGAGGCGAUGGUGAUGGCAAUGCUUCUUGGGUUCAAAGCUAUUCAUAUAUUGCUCAAUUAUGUAGAAUCUCUGGUUUACUCCUAGUUGUAUGAACUAUAGCAAAAUUAAUGUUUGGGUGGAAAGAAUGAUGGGUAUUGAAUGGUGCUUAGACAAGGCAGUAUUGGUGAAAUUGUUUAUAUUUGUAUUCAAGAAUAUCACUUCAUAAAAUGGAGUAGAAAAAAGGUGAAAAGAGCUGGUCAUCUUUGAAAAAUCCUCUUUUCUUGCGUUCAUAAGAGAUAAAAAUCUUUAGUAAAUGUCUCUGUAUAUUAUCUCUUUUAAAAUGUACAGUAUAGUAGUCUGGGAGGAAAUAUAUUUCCAGCAAUAGAAUUAUGUGAUAUUACAAUUAUCAUUCCUCUUGAAGCUCUUUUUUUUAUUUUUUUUUUACAAUUUUACAUUUUAUAUAUUUGUAAUGCAGUAUUAUUUGUAAACAAUACAAAAUCAACUCAGCAGCAGUUUCUUUCCAAUAAUGCUUCAGUAAUAUGCUGGUCUGAUAAUGUUGCUUACAUAUUAUUUUCAUUAAUAAUGACAAGGAUAUGAUAGUUUAGUGAUUUGUGCUGGCACUCAAACAAGGAUGUAAAUCUGUUAAUAAGGAUAGAAAAUUGGCGAAUACAUCAUAGAUUUUAUUUUUUGGUGUUCUUUGGCUGAAAAGUGAAAUAAUUUCAUUUUAUUAAAUAUUCAUAUUGAAAGAAAGCAUGAUAAUUAAGCUCCAUAGGAGUGAACUACAGACUUAUACAGAGAGCCUUUUGCCCUUAAUAUUGGUCACAGCAGUUAUAGCAUUAGAUGAUCAUUCAGAUCAUCAUUUCAAAGAAGAACAAAUUGUUUUAAAUAGGCCGAGUUAUCGAGAGUUAGAUAUAGGUGAUAAAUAUGUGCAAUAUAAUAUAGAAAACUUAUUAAAUAAAUACUAAUCAAGUUUUGAAAAAUGAAACAGUGACAAAACAUUUUUUAAUGUGAAAUGAUAUAGAUAGCAGAAUCAUUUUUUUCAUAAUCAUGAAUAUUUAUCUGUUUUUUUGUAAGGUUUGCUUGAUGUGCUGCAAACUUUGUCAGAGCUUUGUCAAAUGUGGCAUAAAUGCUGAAUAGAUCUCCCUCUCCAUACUUAAUAAAAACUUGUGACAAUAUGCUCCCUUCUUCAAAGCCAAUGACAACCCCUCAUUGAAGGGCAAAUUCUACUCUAAAAUCAAAUUAAUUUUGAUUAAUAAAGUAAAAUUAAACUAAAGUCUGAUCAAAGCAGAAAGAUGUAACCAAGAUACAGCAUUCUAAUGUUGAUAAUUGCUGCUUGAAAAUCGAACAAAGCUGUGUGCUGGAAGCCGAUGAUGUCAUCAGCUCGCAUUUGUAUAUUGUGAGUUUAACAUUAUUUAAAACCUAUCAAGGAAUUGCAUUUGAUUAUUUUACGACAUUGAAACAACUCAAUUUUACAGUGAGUUAAAAAAUUUGAUUCUGCUGUAAUAAUCCCUAAUUGUAGGAUGUAAGUUUACUUAAUUUUGUAUGUCUUUAAAUCUGUCUGAAAUUAUAUACUUUUUUAAUUCUGAAGUAUUUUCAUGAUGUGCUUAUUAAUUUAUGACAGAAAGAUUAGCAUUUGCUGCGAAACUUUCAGAUAUAUGCUGGCAUAAUUGAGUGCUUGCAGGGAGGACAUUUGAUCAAUAUAUAUUUUGUAUGGGGAUCUGGAAUCAAAUGUGAAUCAUAUUGAUAUGAAUUGAUUGAUUGUAAAUAUAUGCUGU